AUGAGUUUAUAUCAUCAUCACAAAACACAAACAGUCUACGUCUUGUUACGUACAGUGAUGAGAGCAUUUUAUGAUCCGGUCCAUGCUGUGGUGAUGGAUGCUCUAUUGCACUAUCAAACAAGUCAGUUAGAUGAAGUGAAGGAAUCCGAAUUGGCUAAAAAAGUUAAUUUGCAACCAAGUGUUGUUAAGAAGGCCCUGUUAGAAUUGUAUUCUGAUUUAUUAUUGACAAAGGAAGAGAGGGCUACGGAACGGAAAAAGGGACAGAAAAAGUACCCAUCACGAUCCGAGACUUAUUGGAGAGUGGAUUAUGAACAAUGUAUCAAUGCUAUUCGAUACAAGAUGUAUUUAUUAUCUUUGGAAGUGAAAAAGAAAGUUCAAGCAGAUCCAACCUAUACUUGUACAGUUUGUGACGAGGAAUAUGAAGCUUAUGAUGUUACUAGAUUAUUAGAUUUUGCAACAGGAACUCUUAUAUGUCAAACUUGUGGAGGUCAAGUUGACGAAUCACGUGAAUCAUUGGAAAAACAUGAAGAAACAAUAUCUGGAAGUGAUUCAUUGGAAGUAAGAUAUAAUAAUCAAUUACAACUUAUUAUUGAAAAAUUGAAUGAAUGUAAAGCCUAUGUUGUACCAAAGGAAUACAGAUGGAAUUACAAACAUAUUGUCACAAAGGAAGAGGCUGAUAGAAAGAUUGAAGAACAACGUAAGGCCAUCGAGAGAGAGAAAUCUAUGGGAUCACAUCGUCCAGUUUCCACAAUAUCAAGAAAUACUCAGUCCAAUAACUUGGGUGCUACUGCACACGUUGCCAAGGCCUCUGCCUUAUCUUCAAGUAGUUACAUUAGUUUGGAUCCAUCGGCAAAUAUCAAGAUUGACUUUGUGGAAGAACGUGGAAUUAUUGAUGAUGACAGUGAUGCUCAUAUUCAAAACAAUCCAGUUCAAAAGAAACCUGAUAAUCCAUUCUUCUUGAAACAAACAGUUUCUUCACGUGAAUACAAUGAUUACAAUCAAGCAAAUGAUGUUGAGGAUGACGAUGACCACAUUAUUUCAUCAAAGGAUAGAGAAAUCGACACCUCUGUUUAUCAUGAAUUAUUGGAAAGAGAAGCUGCUGAAAAUGCCAAAUCAGAAAAAAUGGUUGACGAAUUUGAAGCAAUUGAUGAAGGUGUGAUGGAUAACAUGAUCACUGAUACAAAUGAAUUUGAAAGUGUUACCAAUUUCGAACAAGAUAAUGGAAUGGAUGGUAAUAAUAAUGAGCCAAUGAUUUUUGUUGCUGGUGUACCUGUACCAUAUUCUCAGAUCACUCCUGAGCAUGAAAGUGCCAUGACUGAACUAGAAUAUGAAGAAUAUGAUAGAAUUAAGGCCGAACAAGAACAAAUAUAUGACUUUUAA